AUGGUAACCCACAAUAAGAUGUUGAAAACUCAAAUUUCCUUAGUAGCACAACAACAAGCCGCUCAUCCUACACCAGGAGGAUCAUUUCCUGGAAAACCUCAACCUAACCCUAAAGGCCAUGCUAAUUCUAUUGCAUUGCGAAGCAGAACCGCGUAUGAUGGACCUAUAAAUCCUAGGUUGAAUAAGUAUUUACCAAGAAACAACAAGCCAGAGCCACCAAAAGGAAACAUUGUGACUACACCUGAAAAACAAGUAGUAGAGGAACCUGUAGAUCCAGAGAAACAAAGAGCGGGAGAAAUUAAAGACACCCAAUAUAAGAAAUUAAAGACACUUGAUAAAGCAUAUGUACCACCCCCCACCUAUAAACCCCAAAUUCCAUACCCUCAAAGGCUUAAGCAAACCAAAGACACCCAAUAUAAGAAGUUUGAGAAAGUAAUUGAAAAACUUCAUGUCGAAAUUCCCUUCACUGAGGCUAUUACCCAACGCAAACUUGAAGAUCCUAAACCCUUUAAAUGCAACACAAUUGUUGAGAACAAAUUAGCCAUUAAGCAGAGAGAUUCUAGAAGCUUAUUUAUACCGCGUGUUCUAGUAAGUCAUGUUAUCGAUAAAGCACUACUUGACUUAGGCGCAAGUGUGAGUUUGAUGCCUUUAGCUGUUUGCAAUAGGUUAAACCUAAGAGAUAUGCAACCAACUAGGAUGUCCCUUCAACUGGGCGAUCGAUCAAUUAAGUACCCAAUCGUUAUAUUAAAAGAUAUUCAAGUUAGGAUUGGUCAACUUUAUAUUCCAACAUACUUUGUCAUAACGGAAAUUAAAGAAGACGAAGACAUCCCUAUUCUUUUAGGUAGACCAUUCUUAUCAACUGAUGGAGCCAUGAUAGUUGUCAAAAGAGGAAAAUGA